AAUUUAAUUUUCGUCAUUGACGUGGCAAUUUGAUAGACACGUGGCGGUUGUGCUACUUUAGCAUUUUUCCUGGUUUUACCUGAGAUAAUUCUUUAAACUGGAGGCAGAAACGUUGUUACCGUCUAACAAAUCGUCGAAUAAGAGAGAGAGACCACCGAGCAUUAAAGAAGAGUCGAUAUCCAUCAAUACAAAGCAGAAGUUUCGCGUGGUUGCAGAGGUCUGCGACCCUGUCGUCUCUGACGCGCAAGAUAUGGGGGCAGCCCAAGAUUCUAGGUUUGAGGACUUGUUUUGUCGGGGCCAAUUAAUCAAGUUACUGCUGGAUCAGUUAGAUCAGUUAGGUUUCGUUCGGUCUCGUCUAGAAUUGGAGAAGGAGGCUAGAAUAGUGUUCGAGAGUGAUCUUGUGAACGAGAUUAGAAGGUGUACACUGUCGGGUGAAUGGGAUAGAGUGGAGGAGUUGUUGUUGAUAGCUAAGAUAGGAGACGAGGAUUUGAAGUCGAUUCGUUACAGCAUAGGUCGUCAAAGGUAUUUAGAAUUGUUGGAAUUGGGAAGGACAGAGGAGGCGGUGUCUUUGUUGAGGGACGAGUUAGCACUGCUGUCGGUGGACAAAGAAUUGGUGCACGAUUUGGCGAGGUGUCUGAUGUUUUCUGAGACUAAGGAGGAGCUGUUUGCCCACGCCCAGUGGGAUGGGGCUAAGGGGAAGUCGAGGAGUGUGCUGCUGGACGCGAUUAAAAAGUGCAUGCCGCAGCCGAUGUUGGUUCCAUCUGGAAGGCUGGUGGCGCUAUUGAAGCAAGCGAUCAAAUACCAGGAGGAGAAGUGUGAGUACCGAGAGAGUCAUGAAGAAAGGGGUGAGGAGCGUUACAAAAAGGUAAAUUUGUAUGAGGACCACCGAUGCAGUCCGUUGAGGGUGGAAUUGAAGCAGAGACAGCUAUUGGAGGACCAUCAGGCAGAGGUGCACGUGAUACAAUAUUCGGCAGACGGAAAGUUGUUGGCAACUGGAGCGUCAAACGGAAUAGUGAUUGUGUACAGAGAAGUUAUUGACAAGAGUGAGGUUGCGAAUAGCGUUGCCGAGGGGAGGUCAUCUUUGGAUCAUCCGAAAGCCGGUGACAUAGACGAGGAUUACUCGAGACUGGAAUAUGUGAGCACUUUACCUUCUCCUACAAACGACGGUGUGGUUUCGUUGGCAUGGCAUCCGAACAGCGAUACACUUUUGAUUUGUUAUUACCACCACUUUGCAUUGUGGGAUUUGCAUCAGGAUUCUGCCCCAACAACUUACGCGUAUCCUGGAAAGUCUCAUUUGCCGAUGUCCGCCGCGAUUUGGACGCCUUCCGGGAACGGGAUUUUUGUGUCCGGAUUGGACGGAUUCAUUCAUCUUUUGUCCCUAUCAUUGAUUCUAUCUGGCAAGCAGCGAUCUGAACAGUCCGGUUCAGUGGAUGGAGCAAUGCCGACAUCUGAGGCGCCUCAGGUUUGCCGAGAGACAAACGAAGGGGAGACGUCUCUUUCCGAAGUCUCCGCUAAUGCUGAGGAGAGCAGCUCUCCUUCGGAUCCAGAGACGUCCUCCGUCGGCGACCAGGUGAUGGACAUAGACGCCCACGGACGCUCGGAAUGCGGCAGAUUCAUCUUUCACAGUUGGAUAACGGCGGGAGUGAACGAUAUAGUCGUGACUCCCGACGGUGAGUAUCUGAUUGCCAUUGAUCAACACUGUCGGAUCAAUUGGAUGAAUGUCAAAGAGGUGUUGAACACAUUGGAUUCAAAUGCAGAAAGUCUCCGUUCUCCUCUCGAGGCCGCGCCUUGUUCCGGCGUAGAUCACUUCAUAGAAGAGAAUGUCUUGCUGACCUCAUGUUCACUCUCGCACAAUGGGAAGCACCUCACCGUCACCACUACUGCCACACACAUUCCCUUCUUGGGAUCUCAUUAUACACAAAAGAUACUCGUCUAUCAUGUUCACGAGAAGAAACAGCUGGAAGCUUACACGGGACAAAAGCAGUCCAGGUUCAUAAUUAGAGCCGCUCUAGGCGGUAUAGGUGACCAGUACCUCGCAUCUGGCUCGGAAGAUGCUCUGGUCUACAUUUGGCAUCGGCCGAGUUCGUCUGUCAUAAACCUCGACGCGCACACGCUCGUAGUGAACAGCGUGGCUUGGCAUCCGACUCGUAAGCAUGUUCUCGCGUCCGCCUCCGAUGAUCAAACCGUGCGCAUAUGGACGAUGACCCAGCGAAGGGGCUCUCAUUGAUAAGGAGAAAACUUUUUUUGUCCGGUACACGGAAACAAAAAGUUGUUAUAAACGCUUAUGUUAAA